AUGUCGGGCUUCCAAAUUCCCGGCCUGGGACAGGCCAAGCCUAACGAAACACUGCCGCCGCUGCCACCCGACCUAGUUGCUGCCGCUGCAAGCGCUGCUGGGCACGAGGACCUCCCAGAUGCGCCCGAGACACAGACGGCCGGAAACCCAACUACGGAGGCUUCAGCCCCGGCCCCGGCUCCGGCUGCUACUGAUGCCGACGCCAUGGCUGUCGACGAGCAGCCCCCUGCCAGUCCGCCAUCUCUAACAGGAGCCCUCGAAGCCGCGAUUGGCGGUCUCGCCAGCCAACCUACGCAGCAGCCGCCCGCGGAAGAGCAGCAAGCACCCACGACAGAGCAAGAAGCAUCCACUCAAGAGCAGCAAGUACAUCAGCAGACAGAACAAGCUGCGCUCCAAAGCGUAGAUCUGCAAAACGACACCGGCGAGAACCCCGAGUGGGAGAUUGACUCCUCCCCCUACGAGUCUUCCGAGUCCAGCUCCGAUUCCUCUUCCGACUCCGACGACUCUGACAAUGAAGGCUAUGAAAUGCUGGGCGUCGAGGAGACGGCACGCAUGCUCAUGGAAGCCGGCUCCGACGACGAAGGUGGUGGCCCCAGCGGCGGCGCCAAAUCUGGCGCCGCCGCGCAGCUGCGUACCAAGAACGAGCUCGCCGACGAACCCGUCAUCGCCCGUCCCGACGUUGUCAUCACCGAAGACAUGCCCCUCGAAGUUCUGGGCGCCAUCGAGCACAUUGUCGACACGACAGCGCUCGUCGCGGGCGUCACCCCUGGCGAGUACCAGGUACUAGACUCGGGCUCCGUGCUGUGCACCGCGUCGCGCGUCGUCGUUGGCGCCGUCGCCGAAACCAUUGGCAAGGUCACGCGGCCCAUGUACACAGUGCGCUUCAACAGCGCCGACGAGAUUGCGGAGCUGGGCCUCGCGGUCGGCACCGACCUCUACUACACGCCCGCCCACGCGACCUUUGUCUUCACGGCGCCGCUAAAGGCCGUAAAGGGCUCCGACGCUAGCAACCUCUACGAUGAAGAGGCUGCCGCCGAUGAGGUCGAGUUCUCCGACGAUGAAAAAGAGGCCGAGCACAAGCGCGCCGCCAAGCAAAAGAAGAAAGAUAAGUGGAAGGCAAAUAACCCAGAAAAGGCAGCGGCUGCUGCCGCGGCCCGCACCAAAGAUCACCCCCUCCGGCAGCAGCACAAUGUCGAUGCGGGCCUCAACUACGACGACGAUGAGGAUGGCCCGUACAAGCCCCUCGCGCGACCCUCGUCACUAGCCAGCGGGCCUGGCGCCUCGCAGUACGAUCAGCCCCCAUCGUCCUCCCGACACGGCGGCGGUCGACGUGGAGGCGAUUUUCGCGGUCGUGGACGUGGCGGCGGUCGCGGUAGCGGCAGCCGAGGAGGAUAUGCUCGUGGUGGGGGCGGCGGCAGCAGCAGCAGCAGAGACGGUUACUCGCUGCCUCCCCAGGGCAACCAGCAGCCGCCGAACCACUACGCCCCGCCUCCGCCCCAGUCCGUGCCGCAAGGCGCGUUCGGGGUGCAAUUCCCUGGGUGGCCGCCCGCCGCCGCUCCUCCGCCGCCGCCGCCGGGCUGGCCUGGGUCUGUGGCUGCUGCCGCUCCGCCGCCUCUUCCGUCAGCGGGGCAGGGCGGCAGCGGCUUCAACAUUGAUCCAGCCAUGAUUGCGGCCAUUAUGGGGCAAAUACAGGCGCAGGCCGCCAAUAACGGCGGGCAGCAGCCCCCGGCGUGGAAUGGACAGCAGCCGCCUGGCCGGUGA